AUGCGCUUGACGGGUACGUGCUGGAGCUGCACCGUUGCGCUCGCAGCGGUCUUCUUCCAAGGGACAUGGGCCACAGAACUAGAGAAGAGAGCCGAUAGAAGGAAGAAGUUCAAUAAGGACGGCAAAUAUCGCUCGAAUAGCUGGCCGAAGCUGGCACAGAAAGUGGUUGAGGGGGAAUCGUCGGAUGAUGAACGUUAUCUUCGAAAAUCGAUGGCGGGACAGCCGGUUCACGGCCUGGCACCUACACCUCGACCCACGACUACCAAAUCGACUGCAACAGAGGUGACUGCUCCGAGAAUCACAGAGGGUCCUUCGUUGGUUAGGUGGAAGAUAGGGUCAAUGCGAUGGGAUGUUAUACAAGAUGGAUUUCUAGGCCAGAAACGAGAUGCAGAUAUGUGUCCGUCAAGCUAUCAACCAUGUCCGUCAUCUCUGGGUGGGGGAUGUUGUCCAUCUGAUGGUUAUUCGUGUGGGACCAGUAGCUGUUUGCCUACCUCAGCGAGUCCAGCGACUGCGUGUGGCUUUUCAGGAUAUAUUGGUUGUGAUAUCGCUGAUGGAGGUGGAUGCUGCCCCGCCAACUAUAUCUGUGCCGCUGAGUCCUGUUCUCCAUCUCCAGGAAUCAGCACAUCGCAGGCAUGUGGAGUUAAUUCUUUCCAAUGUCCUGCAUCUUUAGGCGGUGGCUGCUGCUUGAAUGGAAUGGGAUGUGCUCUCAGCGCCUGCUACAACACAAACCCGAUCACAUUUACUCUUGUUGAGACGUUCACAACCACAGAGGCGAAUUCGGGUACCGUCACACUAACAAGCACGAUUACCUCAACCACUGUAUCUGGUGCUCCCGAUCCAACCGAGACAAUCGGCGUUCUCGUACCCAAGGUCCAGGCAUCCGCGUCUCCCAUCGCUAAACAGCAAGCAACGAGUGCUGCGAGUAGCGGCGGAGGUGGACUUUCCACAGCUGCAUUAGGAGGCAUUAUCGGUGGUGCCAUCUUCUUCUUAUCGGCCAUUUUGAUUGCGGCAAUUUUCAUCAUCAGAGGUCUAAAUCGAGCCUCAAAAGCACAAGAACUAGCCAACUCCCGGCAAUCUGGAUCCAGCGAUAGACGCUCAAGACAAUCUGGUCAACGGAGGGGCACGCUCAAUCAAGAUGUCGACACGAUGUCUAUCGAUCCACUAAUGAUGAGAGGCUCAAUGACAUCAGGCAGCUUCCAUCGAGCAUCCAACGUAUCGAGCCCACACAACACUAUCCCCGAAAUGGAAGGAUCCAACUCCCCACCCGUCUUCCUCAGUCCUUUCUCACCUCGCUCACCACCACACACCCACUAUCCCAAAGGCUACAAUCCUGUGGUCAGUUCCGACUCCCAAUAUUCCCAAUCCAGCGGCGGAUACCGCAACCCCUCCCUCGACUCCUCCCCACAGAUGCAACACAACCCCAACGGCUAUUUCGACCUUCCGGUCCAACACCAAAACAAUAACCGCAUCUCCCUUAUCUCAUCCCAAGGCCGCCGACCCUCCCACGGCCGCAACUACAGCAACUCAAGCGAAGUAAGCCAGAGCUCCAGCCUAGCCGCCGAACUCGACGCCGGCAAAGACGGAAGCAGGAAAUCAAGCCUGCAAGCCGAAAGCAACGAACGAUCAAGCUUACAACGAUUCAUGACUCGUCUCGUCAGAAGACGACAAAGCGAUCCUCCCGCCCUGACGGGUGGACCGGUGAGAACGGAUUGGACGCCUAGUCCGAGAGAGGGAUUGGGGUAUAUUGCUGAGGCGGGGGAGAGCAAGCUAGCCGUUGACCAUCAGAAUCAGAAUGUGGAGCCGCCUCAGACGCCGUUUCAGGAUAUUUCCUUAAUGGAUCAACCACCCGGGUUUCGGAUGAGUUAG